CUUGCAUGGCAACUUGCAAGGCUGAAUUGUGUGGAGCAAAGUUGAUGCCUGACUUUUGCCUUGCGCAUCACAUGAAGAGUAUAUCACGUGAAACACCUGUUCUUCUGGUACUUGGGUACCUCUACAUAUAGGUACUUACCUACCUACCUCGAUUCCUGGUGUGAAAUACUUCCAUUCCAUGGCCCAAAAUGCGAAUCUUCCGCAUCCCUCAUAUACAGUCCAUUCCUCGAGCCAGGACUUUCACGGCCUCCAAAGCUCUCCUCCAAGAUCUCCCGCAUAGUACACGUGCCGGAAAGCUCGAGGCCAAACCUUCGACAGAGAAGCUUGCUCCGGGAGCUCUUGCAGGCAAGGUAGCGAUUAUCACAGGUGCCUCUCGAGGCAUUGGUGCAGCUGUCGCGGAGCGGUUUGCGAAGGAGGGCGCGAGAUGUAUUCUAGUGGGCCGGGACAAGGACAGACUGACGAAAGUUCGAGAUGGGUUGGUGUCAGAGUACGAGACCACUCAUGGGUUGGCGAUUGGUGAUGUUAGGGAUGUAGAGUGGUGGAAGGAAUUCAGCAAGAAGCAUAAACAAACUGAUAUCCUUGUGAACGCGGCAGGCAUAUCACCUUCUUCUACGUUCGUUAGGACUGAUCCGGAUUUGCUAGAUGAGGUAGUACGUACAAAUCUAACAGGUACAAUGAUGGCCUGCCGGAUCGUGGCAAGACAAAUGAUGGCCCAAAGUAGUAACAUAGACAGAGGAUGCAUCAUCAACAUCUCUUCAUUAUUAGGCUUGAGGGGCGGAAGGGGGAGUGUGGCAUAUUCUGCAAGUAAAGCCGGAGUUAUAGGCCUGACUACCGCCCUUGCCGCAGAGAUAGGCAGAGUAGGGAUUCGGGUGAAUGUCAUUGUACCGGGUUACAUUGAAACAGACAUGACUGCUGCCAUGACGCCCGAAGCACGCUCAGAAGCCCUUAACGCCAUACCCGCAAAACGGUUUGGACAAGCCUCAGAAGUAGCCGACGCUGCCGUGUUUUUGGCUACAAAUAGAUACGCAAACAACUGUGUGCUCAACCUCGAUGGUGGAUUGAGCGCCGUCUAAUUGCUAUCAUGUGAAGGAACCGGCUCUCCGUGAAUCUGACAAACAAAUGACAAGCAUGAAGUGAAAGUUGGCAAAGGAGAAUGGGACCAGAUCAGUCAUCGUCGAUAACAAUGGCUCCAUCUGCGGAGUCGUCAACCAAUAUUAGAUCAUCAUUCGCCGAGGCACUAUUAGUACCAUUAGAACCAUUGGGUUCUGUUUUCGAUCGUUUCGUUUCCGGCGAGUCGUCACCCAGAGCCUCUGCUGCGGUUCUUUUGGUGCCUAAACUGCCAUUCGUCGUUGCAGUGGUUGCUUCGACGCCGUUGGUUCCUUGAUCAUUCGACUCCAGGAUCGAUUUCUUUCUUCUCGGAAUGGGUGACGCAGGUGGCUCAA